AUGCCGCUUACUAAACGUACUCGGGAGAGGUCCGCUGGGGAACAUGUGUCAGCUCUAAUUGGAUUUCCUCAUGCGUUGUUAGCUCACCCUAGUCAAGGAACGACUAAGGAACUAAGACCUUCCAUCUUUGAAGAAAAUUAUUCUUUUUUUCUGAACAAAUCUAAAGAAGCUCGCUCGGAGGAGUUAUUGAAUUUGGCGUACUACACCCGUCAGGCAUCAACCUUUUUAGCAUUUGGAGGUGUUAGGAAAUGGGUAGUUUUCUUGCUUGACCCGUCUUUAGACGAAGAAGAAGACACUCAAGGAAUGAGUUAUUUCCCUUACCAUUGA